AUGGAAGCGCUCUACUCGGACUACCACCUGGAUCAGCGCACAGGCGUCAAUCGGGACAAUGGUCUGUCAGAUUCUUCUGGAUCGACAGGAGCUGGGAUUGGACAUCAGAUGGUACCAGCCUAUUUCCUCUGGAGCAGACUCAAGAUGCCGAUGAUGCUGGCGCUGUGGAGGGUCUGGCUGGCUCAGCGCAAAAGUGUGACGUCACUCAGACGGCCCGGCGGCCGCUUCAGGGUCUAUUUCCCUGCCCAGUCCCGCCACUCACUGCUGGUCGAAUAG